GACCAUGUACCAGCAUUUCCUUUUCCUUUUCUUCCUUUCCUUCCAUCCCCAUAAAUGCCAAGAUCAAACCCUGGGUGAAGAUCCAUAUGAAAUACCCAAAGACUACCAGGAGAUAUACAGAGGGACAAAAAAUGAUGUCAAAGACAUUCCAAAGAUUGCCAAGCCCUUCGUUUCUGAGAUGAUCUUUGUGCAAACCAGCAUCACUGCUAUAAGGAAAGGUGCCUUCAGGUACAUGCCCAACCUGAUCAAGAUUUUGUUUAUUGGCAACAAAAUCAAGACAAUUGAACCUGGAGCCUUUGAUAAUUUGGACAAGCUGAGGGACUUGGACAUCUCUGGUGCCCUGUUAGAAGAACUAGCUGCAGGAACUUUCCAAAACCUUCCAAGCUUGCAGAGGCUGGAGCUGAGAGACAGCCACCUCAGAUACAUCCCCAAAGGACUGUUCGAUGGGCUGGGAAGUUUGGGAGAGCUCUCCCUGCACAUCAAUGCAAUCCCUUCUCUUCCAGAAGGCGUUUUUGAUUCCCUUGUCAAUCUAACAUUUUUGGACUUGGCCAGAAACAGGAUCACAACUCUUCCUGGGAAUGCCUUUAGCAAACUUGCUCAGCUGCGCGUCCUCCGGCUGUAUGAGAAUGAGUUGCAGGACCUCCCAGAGGGGCUGCUGGACAGCCAGACAGGGCUGGUGGAGCUCAACCUGCAGAGGAACAGGCUCAGGGCUCUGCCACCCAUGCUUCUGAGGAGCCUGCCUCACCUGGAGAAACUCUUCUUGGACAACAACCUCAUCAGGGUUCUCCCACCUCAGGGUUUCUUUGGUUUAAUCAAAUUGAAGCUUCUGACUCUGGGUUCAAACUGCAUUACGGAGCUCCCCUGCUGCCUUUUUAACACCAUGGCAGACCUGCAGGAGCUGGACCUGGGCAGGAACAGUUUGGCCAUGCUUCCGGACAGCAUCUUCGUCAACCUCACAUCUCUUGGCAAACUCACCUUGUUCCACAACCAGCUAGCAGCCCUACCAAAAGGAGCUUUCACUGGGCUCAGCAAGCUCUCAGACCUCCAGCUGGAUACAAAUCAUCUCUCUGCUCUGGAUGAUGAGGUCUUUGCUUCUCUCCCAAAUCUGAAAACCCUCAACCUUCGGAAGAACCAGCUAGAGAGUGUUCCUCCAGGGCUUCUGGACUCCCUGAAGAAGCUCAGCUCAGUAUAUCUAAGUGGGAAUCCAUGGAGAUGUGAUUGCAACCUCUGCUACCUGCACAGCUGGAUCCUAAGCAACAGUGAGAAGGUCAAAUUGUCCGCCCAAGGCAAGCAGUGGCAUCACUGA